AUGGAAGAAAAAAUUGAAGAAAAAAUUGAAGACGCCAGCAAAGCCUUUGCUGAUGUUGACAAAGUAAAUGAUGAAGCAACACAAUUAUUUGAUUUUGGUGAAAAAAAAAAGAAAAAAAAAAAGAAGGAAGUUGUAAGCAAAGUCGAAGUUAUUAUUGAUGGUACAGGAAAAGUAUUUGAAAAAGGUGCAGUAUAUCCAUAUGAAGAAUUAUUGCAUAGAAUUCAAGAUUUGGUUAAUAAACAUAAUAUAGAUUUAUGCAUAUCAAAAAAAUAUACAAUAAAACCACCACAAGUUGUUAGGGUCGGUUCAAAAAAAGUAGCAUGGAUUAAUUUUAAAGAUAUAUGUACAAUUAUGAACAGGAAUGAAGAACACGUCUUUCAUUUUGUCCUUGCGGAAUUAGGAACUGAAGGAUCUAUAGCAGGAGAAGGACAAUUAGUUUUAAAAGGAAAAUAUGGGCCUAAACAUAUCGAAGCAUUGUUAAGAAAAUAUAUAACAGAAUAUGUUACUUGUCAAAUGUGUAAAAGUCCAAAUACUGCUAUGGAGAAAGAUAGUAGAACGAGACUUUUUCAUCAACAUUGUAACGCUUGUGGAGCAAAAAGAUCUGUUACAACUAUCAAGAGUGGUUUCCACGCCCUUGGAAGGGGAGAAAGAAGAAAAGCAAAACACACAAACUAA